UGCUCCGGCCGUCUAUAGACGUGUUGCUUAAAUGAUUCUGUGCCCGUAUUGUAUUACUAUAUAAAGAAAAACAAUUAAGACGCCUAUUUUUAUAUAGGGACAUAAAACCAAUAAUAAUAACAACAUCCGUUUUGGAGUGUAAGUAAACGAAAAUUGACUGCUUUCGGCUUGUCAGUGUGUGCCCGCACUUAUCGUGGUGACGACCGGCCGCGUCCGACCAAUCAAUCGCGAUUCGUGUCCCAACAGAUAACACCCGUUAUCAGCUAUUCUCUGACAGGCGAAUAUCGAAUUCGAGUUGGUAAUCUCUCUCGCUCUCUCUCUCUCUCUCCGUAAGGCCGUCCAUUCAACGCCACACCUUUGCUGAAGUCUGACGCGGUACACAGAGCACUACACGGUCGGACAAUGAGCGGUUCGUUGUGUUAACAUCAGCUUAGCCCGGAUAGAAAAUAUAAUUAUGGCAGCAGCCUUCGAACAAGUUCCACACGUGCCCAUCUGCGUCGACGGCGAAAACGUCGAGUCCGGAUCGCGAAUCAUCAUGAAAGAGAUCAGACCCGAUUGGGAUUUGGACAAAGCUCGGUGCAAGUUGUUUACAGACGGCAUUACCAACAAACUGGUCGGUUGGUUUUCAGGGGACGACGGUGUGCUGGUGCGAGUCUACGGCAAGAACACGGACAGGCACAUCGAUAGGGCGGCCGAAUGUAGAAAUUUUAAGAUUUUAAACUAUGCGGGACACGCGCCAGAUCUGUACGCCACUUUCGACAACGGUAUCGCUUACAAGUUCAUCGAAGGCGAAACCCUGGACACGAUCACCGUACGAGAGCCCAGCGUUUACCGGUUGGUCGCCAGACAAAUGGCCGAGUUCCACAAGGUGGAUAUCGGCGACCCUUGGACGACCAAACCGCAAGUCUGGGACAAAAUCGAACAGUAUUUUAAUCUCAUCCCGACCACGUUCAGUUCGGCCGACAACGACGAGCGGUUUAGGAAAACGUUUCCACAAGGCUUGCCGGGCUUACGGACCGAAAUCGACACCGUGAGGUCCACGUUAGAAAACAUCAAAAGUCCCACCGUGUUCAGCCAUAACGAUUUGCUGCUGACCAACAUAAUAGUCCAGAGGAACGCGGCCGGACAUCCCGCCAAGGUGGCUUUCAUAGACUACGAAUAUUCCAUGCCCAAUUACCAGGCAUUCGACAUAGCCAAUCAUUUUAUCGAAUUCGCCGGUGUGCAGCAACCGGAUUUCUCGUUGUAUCCCGGAAAUGAGCUGCGGACGGACUGGCUGAGGAUAUAUUUAGAAGAAUACCUCGGUCUACCGAUGGAACCGGACGACUCGAGGAUAGGAGAUUUGAAGGACCAAGUGGACUUGUUCGUGAAUCUCUCGCACAUACUCUGGAUUCUCUGGGCCAUCGUCCAAACCGAAUAUUCCGAAAUUGAUUUCGACUAUAUCGGCUAUGGCGAAGCCAGAUACACACAGUACUUGAUUACCAAAAAACUACUCGAAAAGGUUCCGCAUAAGUAACGAACGGACGUCGGAGAACAAUCGGCAACUCACAACUUGUCUUGGAUCACCUUGAUUUUACCAACAGACUGGAAGUAGCCUUGCCAAUUUUUACACAUUCCAGUCACGCUUGCCAAUCGUUGCCUACCUAGUUGAUAAUAUUUUAUAACGGUUACCAAAACGAUGGCAAUAAAUUACCUAUUUUAUAUUUUAA